AUGGAUUGUGAAGUUUUGGGAAAUUUCGGGCUGGAUGACUGGUGUUAUAAGGCGCCAGAUUUUGUUGUAAUGCAGCAAAGCCUUAGCUGCUCAAAUAAGAGAACUCGUUGCUUGGAAAACACAGUAGACUUCAUGAAACUCAAAUCUUUCAAAGCCACGAGGAACAAACUAUCAGAAACAGAGCACCCUCUUAUCGACUAAGGGACAUCAAGAAUCACUGUUGAUGGAGGAAUAAAAGGUUCAAGAACUUCAACUAUGAAAAGAAAUGCAUGUUCGUAAUAUUCAACAACUUCGGACACAUGAAUCGUCUCAUCUUUUUGUUAGGAGGAAACAGUUCGACUUGAUUUGUGCUUUUCGUCAUAAAUGUCAAGUUAAUAAAGCAAAUCAUUCUGAUAUCUAAUUAUUCGGACCAGAUCUGUGAGGGACUUUGCCUCGGAGCUUAACUCUUCCAUAGGACUCUUAUAGCAAGGCCUUAUAGGUCCUCCUGAUUCAUUACUUUUACCCAUUACAACUCGAGAGCUGUUUCCUCAUAACAAAAAAAC